UCAUUUUCAGCUAGCAAGCCUCGUCACUUCCGGGAUGUAUGGGAGAGCAAAAUGACAGCUGGUUUGUUUUUAUUAACAAGGACAAUUCAAAGUAGACAUCAAAGUGUCAUGUGGUGAACAGACUCCAAGUCCUCCCUGUCCUGUUCUGCCCAGAGCAACUGACCAAAGGGGGUCUACCAUCCACUCUGGAGCUAUCGGUACAAACACAGAACAAGUCAGUGAGCUGUGAUAGUGGUCAAGUCAAGGGAAACCUCUCUUCAGCUGAGGGAGAGGCUGUUCAACACGACGGAGCCAUGGAGCCGCCAGAGGACAAGCAUGGCCGUACCUUUGUGGAGGUGAUGAGUGAAAAGUACAGUCCAGAGAACUUUCCAGUCCGCAGAGGGCCUGGUAUAGGAGUGGUGGUGGUGCCCACCGUAUGUCCUCAAGGCUCCCCAAUGAAAGACCGUCUGAACCUGCCCAGUAUUCUGGUGCUGACUGGCUGUGGGGUCAGCAGGGCAGGAGACCAGGCCGAGAUCGCUGCUUUCUGUGCCCAUGUCAUAGAGCUGGACCUGUCUCAUAACAAGCUGCAGGACUGGCGAGAGAUCAGUAAAAUCGUGUCUAACAUCCCCAACCUGGAGUUCCUGAACCUGAGCUCAAACCCCCUGGGAGGAAUGACCCUUGAGCCACACUGUGCUGAAGGCUUCUCCCGGGUCCGACACCUCAUCCUCAACAACACUCAGGUGUCCUGGGACACCGUGAUGGUGCUCACCAGGGAGAUAACUGCGCUAGAGGAGUUGUUCCUUUGCCUUAACGAGUACAGCGAUGUUAGUGCCUCCAGUGUGGCCUGCUCUACCCUGCGCCUGCUUCACAUCACCGACAACAGCCUCCAGGACUGGGCCGAAGUCCGCAAGUUUGGCUACAUGUUCCCCAGCCUGGACACUCUGGUCAUGGCAAACAACAACUUGGCCUCCAUUCAGGACAACAAGGAUGUCCUGUGGCGGCUCUUCCCCAAACUACGCAGUAUUAAUCUGCACAACUCAGGUCUCAACCGAUGGGAGGACAUUGAGAAGCUCAACUUCUUCCCCAAGUUGGUGGAGGUGCGGCUGCAGGGCAUUCCCUUACUGCAGACCUACACCAACACAGAGCGACGCAGCCUCAUGAUAGCACAACUCCCUUCAAUAUCACUGCUAAAUGGCAGUGCUGUGAGUGAUAGUGAGAGAGAAGACGCAGAGAGGUUCUUCAUCCGUUACCAUUUAGACUACCCUGAGGAGGAGCUGCCCUACAGAUACCAUUCUCUGGUAACCAAGUAUGGGAAGCUGGAACCUCUUGCUGAGAUUGACCUUCGACCUCGCUGCCGUGCCCAAGUGGAGGUUCGCUGUGAGGGAAAAGUGGAACAGCUGAGCAUCCGUUUGGACCAGACAGUAGCUGAGCUGAAGAAGCAGCUGACAAGAGUGGUCCAGCUGUCCACCAACAGCAUGAGGAUCUACUACAUCGACAAGUGUAGCGUCUUCGGUCCAGAGGAAAUGAAGUACAACACCCGGGCUCUCCACUCCUACAGCAUCCAGGAUGGUGAUGAAAUACUGGUGGUGCCCAAGACCAAGUGAAAAGCUGGUGUCCAACUAUACAACAAUAAUUUGAGUGACUUAUUGAUUGAUUCAUUAAUUGGAUUAUUGGUUAACUGACAUUACAAAAUAAUUGGAAAACAGAUAUGGAACAGCAUCAGCAGCCCACUUGUCGGAAUGAAGAGAGUAAAAAAAAAGAAAAUUAUGUGAACACCGUCAUGGAAACUGCCCAGUGGACUACAGUGGGCUGCUGGGAGGCUCUGGCUGGAAAUGCAGCCGUUUAUAUCUUUAUCUAUUUCAGCUUUAUUUGAGGGCAUCCACUGGAGUUAGUAGACAAAUCUGUCACACUGGAAAACAGGCUGAGAGAGCAACUUGCAGUCAGAUAGCAGCUUAAGCAGAUGGGAGGGCGCUGCUGUACCAGCAAAGCUUCGCUGCAGAUCUUUUUCUUAGUACACGCCAUGUACCAUACAUGCAUAGGCAAGUAUCCAAUGCCAUCGGCUUGCCCAAUUAAACUAAAACUACCGUGAUUAGCAGUGAGACGGUGCACUUUUAAAGUGGGCACAAUAUCAGGAAGAGCUGCAGUUGUUGAAAGUAAAAUACUGCCUGAAACUGUUAAUGGUGGUUAUGAAAAAAUAAUUAGUUUGGGUCCAUUUCGUUGUACGGUG